AUGCUUCAGUUAUCUCUCCGUCUCUCUCGAGGGGGAACUCGGCACUUUCGACGCAAUUCAAAGUUUGACCGUCCUCCAGGCAAAUCUACGAAAGAGAAGUUGGAAGAGUUCCGGGCAAACUACAAUGAAGACGGCACAAGAAAGCUUCGGCUGGCACCAACUAUAGAAGCUGGCCCCAGCGUGUGCAUCUCGUGGGAAGAAGGACAGGAACGCCUCAAAAAGAUGAGGAAGAAGCUGAGAGAAGACAUUGACAAGAUGCCAGAGUUGGUGAAACAUCGUGUUUCCUUCAAUCUGAAGCAAAUCAUGGAAGGGAGGCCAACAAUGUACGAGCUCACUCGGGCAAUUGGCCCCACGGCUGCAAAAUUCAAAGGCGGUUUGGGUUGGUACAAGCGGAUCUUGAAGGCUUUAAAGAGCGACCCAAACUUUUUCAAAACCUUGUACGAGGAAGUCAAGAGGCAACCGAUACAGGAUGCCAUACAGGAAGAACUCGAAAGACUGCACAAAGAAGAAAGAUUGGGUUCAAGGAUUGAUAGGAUAGACAAGGUUCUACUCGAAGAAAUGACAGAAAGAGCGAAAUCAAUUCCAAGAUGAAAAGCGCG